GAGGUCUCGUAGGCUCGUAGGCAAGCGGAAAGAUGAGAAAUGACCCCAUGGCACUUCACUGGAGCAGACAAGCCCGUGCGUAAAACUUGAAGCUUAUUACGCAGCUGCGUAACAUCAAGGGGUUCUGGGAACAUCUCACCUGCACGACCACAAGCGAACACCCAACAACUCUUAGCGGCAAGAGCUGCAAGAAAAUUGAUUGUAUGGCACCGCCAGUUGUGCGUUAUGAAUUGCGCGCAGGGAUCACCGCCCUCGGCUGCUGAGCGUCAAUCACCGGAAGACGAGGCCACUGGUGGAGUCGGACACGACAACCUGAACCUGCCAUCCUUGAGAAGAUGUAAAAGUAAAGGUUCCGACCUGCCUUUCAGCGUGGAGUCCCUCAUCUCGGACAGUAGGAGCUCACCAGAGCCCGAUUCAGGACGCGUCCGGGCGGAGGAGACCAAGUGCGCGUCACCGAACGGAGCUCAUCGCUCCAAGUCGGAGGCGGCGGACCUCAGCGAGGACACGAGCGCUUGGUUUCAAGGUUCUUACGCAUCCUCCAUAAGACUUCCCAGCCCGACUCCAUGCAAUCUACGGAAACACAAGAACAACAGGAAGCCCAGAACUCCCUUCACAACUUCUCAGCUGCUUUCCCUGGAAAGGAAGUUCCGUCAGAAACAGUACCUCUCCAUCGCGGAGAGAGCGGAGUUCUCCAGCUCCUUGAACCUCACAGAGACUCAGGUCAAAAUCUGGUUCCAGAACCGCAGAGCCAAAGCCAAGAGACUGCAGGAGGCCGAACUGGAGAAGCUAAAACUGGCUGCCAAGCCGCUUUUGCCGGCCUUCGCCUUUCCUCUUCCCCUGAGCGCAUCCAUGGGCGCACCGGCCCUGUACGGGGCUCUGAGUGGCCCGCGGCCCGCCUUACCGGUACCAGGACUAUUCAGUGGACCUUAUGGGAUGUACUACUUAUCUUAAAUAUAAAACCCUGAGCUGCUUAUUGAAAGAGUUGCCUUCAAGCUGUCAUUAUAAUGCAAACUGGCAUGGAUCAAUUUGUUGUUUUGAACUUUUCAAUUGAUGAACAACUGAAGUGUUUUUUGCUCUUGUUUUUUUUUUUUUUUUUUUACAAAAACUAUUGUUAACAGAAAUUCUAUAUAUUCAGUUUUACAGGAAAAAUAUUAAUGCUAUAAUGCAAUUUGUAAAUUUGGGUCUUUGCUUACUUGGAUUAUGUGAGCCUUUUUAUAGCAGACAGAGGCAGCUCUUCCAUUCCUUCUUUGUCUUAUUCCUAAAAGAUGACUUUGAGAUUUAGGAAGUUUGAACUCCCAAUAGAUCAUUCUCAGAUGUAAUUAAAUAACUUUUUUUUUCAGAGACCUUAGAAAAAGUUUAAACUUCUAGUGGGUCGUCUAGGUGUUAAAACACAUUAUUUAAAGGCACUUUUAAAUACUUUUUUGACCAAAAAAUAGAAAAUGAAAUUAUUCUAACACAGAAGUGCUUAUUUUAACAUGACAGAACUGAAAUGGAUUCAAAAACUAAUUAAGAAACACAGUUGGCCUAAAUGGUGAAUAUUAAUCUUUGGUAAGAGAAAUCUUGAAAAUGGUUUUACUUCACUCAUUAUUUUUGUGUAAGCAUUCUUUCGUAUAAAAGACUUUUACAAGUUAGACAAAAAAACGCUUAAUGCAAUUAUCUUUUUUGGAACGUAUGCAUUUAAACAUUUUAAAAUUAAAGAGCUUUUUAGUGCCUUUAACCAGCUGCUGUGAUGAAAACAGUCCUAAUGAAAUGGGAUUUUCUUUCCUUAAAACCCCCACAAAGCAGUUCAAGUUUGAGCUUUCAAGCGCUGCAAAGAGAUUUGACUGUGAACAAGAAGGUCUUUGGUGAAUGUAAAAGUGUCCAAAGCUCACCAUUUGUUCACAACUUUUCACAGAAUUUUUAUAUUUUCAGCCUCACAAUUUUGAAUCUGCUAUAUUGUUUGCUUCCAUAAACGGUUGCAGCACUUCGUUUGACUAACGUUUAACACAGGGUCCAUUUAAGUACAUUCAAAAGUGCUAUACAUGACUACAACACAACUCUGUAAUUACUGAACAUUGUUUUUGAUUUUUAAAAAAGGGAAAACUUGUUUUUUACUAUUAUUACAGUUAAUUAUAUAAAAUUUGACAUCACCUA